UUAUCUCCGCUCGUCAAUCCCGCCUCGCCAGCGUGUGCGGCCAGUGAGCCCCACCGUCGCAUCUUAAGGUCCCACCAACGCCACGUGCGCUGCACGUGUGCCAGAUGCAGCUUGGCACAAGCAAGACUGAGCGGUGGGAUUCGCUGUUGUCUCAGCAAGUGGCUCAAUGAAGACUGCAGCAGCAGGCCUGCACCCCACGGCCAUGCUGUAUGCUGUGCCCGCGCGGCAGCAGGCACAUGUGUGGGUGGUGGGGGGCGUGCUGGCGGGGGUGGUGUAUCUGCACUGCCACGCCAUGCACCGCCCCCUCCUCGCCCUCACUGCCGACGUGCUCCUUGUCCUCACCACCGCCGCCGCCCUGCUCGCCCUCCUCUCACGCGCCCUCAACCUCCCCCCACUGCUGCACACAGCGCGCCCCUGGCAGGUGUCGGAGGGGGCAGCGGAGGCGGUGGUGGCGGCGGGGGCCAACGUGCUGGGGGCAGCGGAGGGCGUGCUGCGAGUGGCGGCCAGCGGCUCCGACGUGCGCCUCUUCGUCAAGGUGCUGCUCUUCCUCUACGUCACAGCAGCUGUCGGUCGCAUCGCCUCCCUCGCCACCAUCAUCUUCUUCU